UUUUAGUGUUGUAAAGAUUAUCAGCCGUGGCUGCCGGGGAUAAUAAGUGAUUCAGUUGUUGGAAAUUUUUGUACCUUUAGUUUUUUAACAAACAAAUGUCAAUUUGAUUUUUUUUCUCGACAGGUGAACAUGUACAAGGAAUAUUAACACGUGUGUUACAAGCCGAGAUUCCAUCUGCACAGUGUGCAUAAUUACAAAUAAGUUCGCAUGCUAUUUGAUUUUUAAAACUGUAAAAUUAUAAUGAAGCAUCAAAAUGGAAAUCCAGUCAUAACAAAAGAUGGAAUUAAGAAAAAUGGACAUUCUUCAAAUGGAACCAAGUCACUGCCUGAGUGCUCAAAGGUUUUCCAAGAGAAUUUUGAGGAAACCCCUAUUUAUAUAGCUGUUUUAACCUAUUUAUGUUAUGGGAUAUUAGUUCUGGUAGGACACAUAAGAGAUUUUCUUAGAAACACUGGUCUGGAAAAUGACAAGGCAUGUACUGAGCCAAGGCUUACGGGAUUUGUACCACUGUUUCAAAGUUGGGAAAGUUUCUAUACUCGCCAUGUGUACAGAAGGAUUCGUGACUGCUUUAACAGACCGAUCUGUGGGGUAGCAGGACCUACCAUGGAUGUUCUUGAAAGAACUACAAAAGAUCAUUGGUGGACCGCAGAUUUGACAGGCAGAAAACAUAAUGUGAUAAAUCUAGGGUCAUACAAUUAUUUAGGAUUUUCUGAUUGCAAAGGUCCAUGUGCAGAUGCCGUUGAAAAGACAACACAAAAUUAUGGUAUUGGAACGUGUGCAAGUAGACAAGAGUUAGGAUACAUAGAUAUACAUCAGAAACUAGAUAAUCUUGUAGCCGAAUAUCUUGGGAUGGAGGCAGCUAUCACUUUGCCGAUGGGAUUUGCUACUAAUGCAAUGAAUAUGCCAAGUCUUGUUGGAAAGGGCAGCCUUAUCCUAAGUGAUGAAUUGAAUCAUGCUUCCUUAGUACUAGGAUCCAGGUUAUCAGGUGCUUCAAUCAAAACUUUUAAACAUAAUGAUAUGGCAGAUUUAGAAAAGAAGCUUAAAGCAGCAGUUGUAGAUGGUCAACCGAGACGAAGUCGAGCUUGGAAAAAAAUAUUGAUUGUGGUUGAAGGAGUAUACAGUAUGGAAGGCUCAGUCAUACGCCUACCAGAAGUCCUGCAAUUAAAGAAGAAAUACAAAGCCUAUGUAUACUUAGACGAAGCUCAUAGUAUUGGUGCUAUAGGUAACACUGGUAGGGGUGUAGUUGAUUAUUUUGGACUCGAUCCAAAGGACGUGGAUGUAAUGAUGGGAACAUUUACUAAGAGUUUUGGUGCUGCCGGAGGAUAUAUUGCUGGAACUAAGCAACUGAUAAAUCACUUACGUCUACAUUCCCAUUCGUCAAUGUAUUCCCCUACAAUGUGUCCAGGAGUUUGUCAACAAAUUUUAUCGUCAAUGUCUAUAAUGAUGGGGAGGGACGGUACAUUAGAAGGCAAGAAAAGAAUAGAGCAGUUAAAAUGGAAUACCCGAUAUUUUAGAAGAGAGCUAAUAAAAAAAGGUUUUAUAGUAUAUGGAAAUGACAACUCACCUGUAGUGCCUUUACUAGUAUUCUUCCCUACAAAACUAGGAGCUAUCAAUAGAAUGUGCAUAGAGAAAGGUUUAGGGAUAUGUGUCGUAGGCUUCCCUGCUACUCCAAUUAUAGAGUCACGUGCUAGACUAUGUUUAUCGGCAGCUCAUACUAAAGAAACACUAGAUAAGGCUAUUGCUAUUUUAGACGAAGUUGGUGACGAGCUCAUGUUAAAAUACUCGAGGAAGAAGGUUUAAGUGGGAGUGAAAUAUAAUUAGCAGCUGUUCUGUCAAGAGUACCUUCAUGUUUUUUCAUAAUUUUCAUCGUUUUCAGAAAUGUAUAAAAUUCCUGUCUGUAAAAAUCUGAAUACAAGAUUUCAUGAUAAUAUGCAACAUAAACAGAAAAUAACUUGGGUUAACAAAGAUUCCAGAUUAUUUGAAGGAACAGGUCUUUCCAUUUUUUUUCUGGAAAAUGUUGCACUUUGCCACCCAGAACACAUUUAUAUGAGAAUGCUUUAUAUACAAUGUGAUGAAAAGGUUUAUAGAUCAGCAUCUAUUAUAAAUUGAUAAAAGUGUUUACCGAUCGUUAAUAUGUUCGGUUGUGAUAUAUGAUAGAAUGUGUUGAAAUUAAUGUAGUUACUUAUAUUUCUGUUAUUUGUACUUUGAAAAGAACUUGUUUUAUUAUCUGAAGGCUGUUCUAUGAAAACAUACAUCUUACACAGGAAAGUCACUUUGAAAAUAGGGUAACCAUCUAUAAGACGCAAUUGUAGAGUUUGUCAUACACUUUCACUUUACAAAAACAUCAUUGAGAUUUCUAAGUGGUCCCAUUUAUGUAUUCAUAAUACAGCCUUGAAUGUAUGCAGUUUCAUAUAAAAAAAUAUAUCAUAAGAAGUCAUGCUCAAAGAAGGUUAAAAUGGUUGAAGAUUUUUUUUUACAUCUUCGUGACCUCAGGGUGCUAUUUUUUAGGUUUUGUUUGUCUUGUUGGUUUGCUGACUUGCUGUUGUUAUUUUUAUUUUGGCAAUUUAGAUUUUGCAUAGCUCAUUAAUUGAUGUAUCAAUCAUUGGUUCAGUAGAAUUUUUUAUGUGCCAUAAAUAAAUUUAAACCAUUUAAAUCAUAUUGAUUUUAUAUUAUUGAAAAUUCUUAUUGACAUAGAAAAUCCACACAAUUAAGAAUUACAGUGGAGGAAAUCAAUGAUUUAUUGAGAACUUUCAAAAUUAAUUAAGUUUUUGAACACCCAUAAUCUACUAUCAUUAAAUGUUUUGAAAGGCAAAGAUGGUCUAAGGAUGAUUCUGUGGAAAAAGAGAAGACAACUCUUGAUAUUGUGUGCCAUAUUUAAAUUAUGUAGUUCACAGUAAAAUCUAAACCCCCACCCCCUCAUCAAUCCUGUCAUCCAUAGAUGACUAAAUGUCAAAGAUUUUCAGAAGUAAUGCAUACAAAUAUAUUGCAAUUAUCUGAUGUAAGUUUUUCUCAUGUUGAAUUACAUUAUUACUUGAACAAUAGUUAAUAUUGCAUAAUUUAAUCUUGUGUUAUUAUAUUUAGAUACUGUUGGCAUGUUAUUAUAUUUAGAUACUGUUGGCAUGUUAUUAUAUUUAGAUACUGUUAUUUAUUGAGAAGCAGCUAUUGAUCAUUUAUUGACUCCUUGAUUUUGAAAAUCAUUAUAUUUAAUAAAUUUAUUACAUAACCUAAUGACAUUGAGAUGACAAUGUAUUCAAUUUUCUCCUUAAAUAUUUGUCCUCAGUCUUAAUUUUACUUAAUGUAACUCAGGGGCGAUUCCAGCCAUUUGUAAAAGGGGAGGGGGUUCCAACUUCAUGUCCCCAUUCAAAUGCAUUGAUCGUCAAAAAAAAGGGGGGAUUCAACCCCCACCCCCCCCCUCCUGGAUCCGCCACUGUAACUGCACAACAGGUGGCAUCAUUUCAACAGCCUAAACCAAAAAGAUAUUUUCCCACAAGAUUUUGAUGUUAUUCAUAUAUUUUAUUAAAAUCAGAAUUGACCACUGUGGAUACUUUUCUACUUGAAUUAGUAUAAGUAAUUGAUAGGAAAAAAAUAUGACUUUUAUUUUCCUGAAAAUUAUUUUAUUUUUGUAUAAUCCUAUAAAAUAUGAGUUUCUAUAUUUAUAUGUUAUCAUUAUGACAUAAUUGUUGAUAUAUGAUUACUUAAAUGGCCAGUUUUAUGUUUAUAUAGCGAUAAGCUUGAAAUGAAUUCUGACAUGUUGGAGACUAUUUGAUGGAAGAGGUCAAAUAUUGGCUCUUUUAUUUUUUUCUUUGUUUAUAGCAUUUCAAAUACAUACAUAUUUUUUUAGCUUUAUUUUACUAGAUACUCAUGCAAAAUGUUUUCUUAUAUUUAUUUGAUUUAAUAGAAAAUUUAAUAGUUUAA